GGAUGCGAACAUACAAUGGUUGUUCUAAAAAACGGUAGUCUAAUGGCCUUUGGUUACAAUAAUCACGGCCAGCUUGGUAGUGGAAAUAACAAAACACAACCCACCCCUAAACUUGUUCGAGGGCUUGAAAAUAGACAGGUCACUGUCUUAUCAUGUAGUUUGUACCAUUCCGUCGUCGCCGUGCUUGAAAUGGAAGUUCUAGCUUUUGGGCGCAAUGACUUUGGACAACUGGGACUUGGUGACACCUCUCACCGCUCGAUACCUCAAAGCAUAUUGCGGCUGAAAGGGCGUACCAUAACUAGCCUAGCGUGUGGCCAAUACCACACUUGCAUUGUGAGC